AUGGCCUCCCAGGUCCAUGUCGUCAUCGUCGGGGCAUCUUUCGCCGGUAUUCCGAUUGCUCAUUCCCUUCUGAAAGAUAUCCCAACUGUCAAAGUCACCCUGAUCAAUCCUUCGCCAACCUUCUACUUUGCCAUUGCUGCCCCCCGAAUUCUCGCUAAGCGGGAUGCCUUCAAAUCUGAACAAUACCUUAUUCCAAUCGAAAAGGAGUUCAGCCGGUACCCAACGAAAUCUUUCGAAUUCAUCCAAGGCCGCGCCUCAGCAAUCGAUGUCUCGACAAAAACAGUCUCCCUUGAUGACACCAGGAACAUCCACUUUGAUUACCUUGUGAUUGCAUCAGGAAGCACAACUGCCUCUACCAGUCAGAAGAACGCCAUUCCCAUCCCAUUCAAGCAGUCCAACUCAGAUGACAUGAAGACCCUGAUUCACAAUGCACAAGACACCAUCAGUAUUGCUGAAAGCAUUGUCAUUGCUGGUGCUGGGCCCAUUGGGGUCGAACUUGCGGGAGAAAUAGCAGAGUCUGCCCGGCAGAGCGGCAGAAGAGUUAGCAUUACUCUUGUGUCCGCCUCUAAUCGCAUCUUGCCGAUGCUGAAGCCCGCAGGCAGCGCUACGGCCGAGAAGCUCCUUAAUGGGUUGGGAGUUAAAAUCGUGAAGAAUCAGAAAGUCGCCGCAGCCGUGCAAAACAAAGAAUCCCUCUGGACAGUGACGCUUAGCGAGGGACAAAAGUUGGAUGUUGACUUGUACAUCCCCACAACCGGUGUUUUGCCGAACAACGAUUUCAUCCCGGAGAACCUCUUGGACGAGAAUGGAUGGGUGAUCGUCGACAAGGAGCUUCGAGUCAAGUCACGGCGCGGAUCAGCGGCUCGUUUGCCGAUUUUUGCAGCGGGCGAUAUCACCAACAACUCGAUGAGGUUGUCAUUCAAAGCACAGGAGCAGGCAGCGGUUGUUGCUGCUAACCUGAAGGCAGACAUUGUGCGCCAAGGGAAAGUCAAAUCAUACGACCAAGGCGAUAAGGUUAUGAUGUUGGUGCCGGUCGGUUCAAUGGGCGGUACUGGGUUGAUCAUGGGCUGGACACCUUGGAAUGCCAUGGUUAAGAAGGUCAAGGGAAAAGACUUCCUAAUUUCUAGGGCUCACUCGGCAGUUUCUGCGAAGUGA